AUGGAGUCUUUAGCAUACAGUUUUUCUAUUGCCAAUAGGAAUAACCCAAAACACGACGGAAAGAAAAAUCACUACGCUAAGUAUCAAAAUCAGAAGACAUUUGAAAUUGAACUCUUGAAAGAUUCUAGAAACAACCACCGAAUAUCUAUGGCUGAAGAAGGUUCUAGAAAUGAGAUUCUGAGACUGUUGUCUCAAUUGCUACUGCACAACUCAUUUUACCACUUCACUCAGCCUCCAGUGCAGAAUUUUCAGAGAUCGUCUGGUGGCUUCAUUCAUGCUUUUGAGGUUUCUCCAACUGCGAGGUCUGGAAAGGAUUAA